UUCUGUAGUGGUGUGCCAGUCUGUUUUGUAGUUAAGUGUAUUUAAUUGAAGGUAAAAUGGAUGUUGUGCUUUAUUUAAUAGCGGCGGCUGUUUUAAUCAUUCUUAUUAUAUUUUCUGUGAAAAUCCGUGGACGAACAGUAGAAGCAGAUCAGGAAGACCGGCAGAAUGUCGCUGCACGGGUUGCCGCACCGGUGCGUGCGGCUCAGGAGCGAGGAGCAGGCAUGCCCCGGCGCCGCCGAGGACUCGACCGAAUGAUGGCACAGAGACAAGCACAGAGAGACGCCACUGAAAUUGAAAACAUUGCUGCAGGGGUGGUUGAGGUUGAGGAUGAGGAUGAAGAGGAUGAGAGACCUCAGGCUGAAGAGCGCCCUCAGACUGCAGUUAAAGUGGGCGCUAAGAAACAGAGGAAGCUGGAGGAGAAGCAAGCCAGGAAAGCACAGAGAGAGGCUGAGCAGGAGGAGCGAGAGGAGAGGAAGCGAAUGCAGGAGCUCAGAGAGCAGGAGAGAAAGAAAGAGGAGGAGAAUGAGAGAUUGCUGGAACAGCAACAGGAAGAGGAUCUACGCCAUGCUAAAGAGGAACAGGAGAGAAGAGAGGAAGAGGAGUACCAAAAACUCAAAGCCUCCUUCAUCAUCGAAGAGCAGGGAGAGGCUGAUGAGCUCUCUGAACAGGAGUCUCGUAACUUACUCCAAGAGUUUAUCCAGUAUGUGAAGAACUCCAAAGUGGUGCUGCUUGAGGACCUGGCAUCUCAUUUUGAAAUGCGCACUCAGGACGCUAUUGCCAGACUGCAAGACCUAAUUGCUGAUGGUUCACUAACAGGAGUGAUCGACGACAGAGGAAAGUUUAUCUUCAUCACCCCAGAGGAGAUGGCAGCGGUAGCUCAGUUUAUCAAACAGCGGGGGAGAGUCUCUAUUUCAGAAAUCGUCCAGGCCAGCAACACUCUCAUUAACCUGAGUCCUGCUAUUCAGAGCACUUCCUGAUUACUACGAGCCUUCACGCAUCUCUCAUAAACAUGAUCAGAUAUUGUGAAACGUUUUUGACCUGACAUGUUGCCGGGGUACGAAUGAUUACUUCCAGGAUGAGUUCUUAAAUAAACAGAGGUGGCAAUACUGUAUUUUUGUGUUAAAAAUUCUGACAUGUCCUUUUACUUUUGCUUCAGACAAUUUAGUUAUGGUUCAUUUUCAUCGACCGCUUCAUCCCGGUCCGGAUCGCGGCCGGCUCGGCUUAACCAGGAGACACCGGGUGCAAAGCAGGAACAAAGCAGUGUCGAUCCAUAACAAGGGCUUCGGCCACCUUACCCAGUUGUAUCCAAUCAUGUCUGUGAUAACAGAUGCUCUGCCACCUGAGGACUCCUUCUCCAAACAUAAGAAAUAAAUGAGCUAGUGCUACGUACAUUAAUAACAAGUUUAAAAGAACUUGCCUGUUUAAGGUCCUGCCACAGCAUCUCGAUGGGAUUCAAGUCAGUACUUUGACUAAGCCAUAACUAAAUCUUAAUUUUAAGGCAUGUAAAGGUGUAUUAGCUUUUGUGUUUUGGAUCAUUAUCUUGUUGCCUAAUCUAACUUCACAGACUGAUGACUGGACAUUUUCUUUCAGGAUUUUUUGGUAAAGAGCAAAAUGUAUGCUUUCAUCAAGUAUGACAGUUUAUCCAUGCUUGACUGGUGGAUCUUAUUGUGGAAAGCUGUGUAACUUUACACCAGAUAAAACAAGACCCAUGUCACUCAAAGGGUAACAAGUACCAAUAGUUUGGGAUGGGUUAUCAAUAUGUUUUAGGCAAAUUUGAGACGAGCCUAUAUGCUGUUCUGGAUUUUUAGUGUUUUUCUCCAGGCAAAUGUUCCAGGGAGACAAUCUUGGCUCAGUUUCCUUACUAGUAAUCAGAAGGUCGCCGGUUCAAGCACCACCACUUUGAAGUUGCCCCUGUUGGGCCCCUGAACGAGACCCUUAACCAUCAUUUUCUUAAAUUGUAUUCAUAAUUUUAAGUUGCUUUGGAUAAAAGUGUCUCCUAUAUGCUGUAAAUGUAUUGAGGUUAUUUUGAGAUAAUGGCUCUCAUUGUGGUUUGAUGAGUCUUGGAAAUUGAUUGUUUUGUUGUGUUUUCAUGCUGAAUAAAUAAUAGCAUUGUAACAACUAA